AUGGCUACCUUAGAAAUCUUCAACAUCUCCAUUUUAUUCUUAUUCUCCCUCUUCCUUCCUCACAGAGCUGCCACCCCUUGCAAUGGCUCAACAUGCUCCAUUGACGGCCCUGUGGCUCGAUUUCCUUUCCAAAUAAGAAACAACCAAGUGUCAAGUAAUUGUGGAUAUCCUGGGUUUGAUCUCUCAUGUAACAACCAAAGUCAAACUAUUAUCACUUUCCCAUCUUCUGGGGACUUCAUCGUCCAGAGCAUCAGCUACCUAGCACAAAUCCUAUACAUCAAUGGCACCGAUAACUGCAUGCCUAAACGGUUCCUCCACCGCGACUUGAGUUUUGAAGACACACCCUUCUCUAUCUACUUGGGUUUUGAGGGCACUAAAAACUACACGUUCUUCAACUGCUCUUCCGACCAAGAAAUAUAUUGGCCUUCAAACAUUAUCUCUUGCAUAAGCACAGAGUACUACAAGGUCCUUGCUUUGCCAACAAAUUGGUCUCAGCCACGGUUAAAGUUGGCUAAUUGCACUGUAAUUUCGACAACUUUGGUUCCAAGUUCAUUUGAGUGGCAGGAAAUUAACCAGGGUUUCAUGCUGACAUGGGACGUCCCUGAUUGUGGUUAUUGUGAAGAAAGAGAUCAGGCUUGUGGAUUGACGAAGGGCAAAAGUUCGACAAUUCAAUGCUUACAUACUGAUAAAGUCUCUUCAGUUCUCUCAAAAGAGGCAAAGUUUGGCAUAAUGAUGGGCGUGGGAAUUCCUGGGCUAUUGUUCUUCGUUUGGCUUGUACUUCAUUUUUGUAACAGAACAGUUCAAGGUCAAAACCCCCAGCCCAUCACAGAAUUAUCCACCCUAACCAGCCAACAACCUUCGACGGUCGUAACGGGGCUUUAUGCUUCGACUAUCGAAUCAUAUCCCAAGACUCAGCUGGGUGAGAGUUGGGAAUUGCCCAAGCCGAAUGACAAUAGUUGCCCAAUUUGUUUGUCUGAGUACAAAUCCAAGGAAACACUAAGGACUAUACCAGAAUGCAACCAUUAUUUCCAUGCUAAUUGUGUAGACGAGUGGCUUAGAAUGAAGGCAACAUGCCCACUUUGUCGAAAUCCACAGGAGAAGUGAUUGAGAUUUCAUGAACGCUUCUUGCAAAAAGGGAAGAUCCUAUACAAUUCAUCCCAUAUAUAUGAAAGAUUUCGAGAAAAUAGAAGUUAGGAAAUCAGUUGAAUUAAUGUAAAGUAAAGUAUUUCCUAUGUUUUUUGUGUUGCCUUGGUGUGUUAUUCAUUGCGUUAUCUCAUAUUUGUAGCACUUUCUUUAAUUUGGCCGGUAGAAAUGAGUUGAAUGCAAAAAAUAU